AUGGUGAUUUCAUAUGGUUCAGCUGUCCUAGGAGCAAGAGUCCCACUCUUCGAGCUGGAAGAUACGGGGAGAAAACGGUUCUUCGUGAGAGAAGGCAUUGUGACCUCAAGGAGUCAAGUUCAAGGGACAAAAAAGGGAAGUGAGGUUACAGAAAAGACAGUGAACCCACAGUACAGCUGUGGUCUCAAAGGACACGUGAGCACGUUUUCGGAGGAGGGUGGGAGAAGCCGCAGCCGCAGCCGCAGCCGCUCUCCACCGAGGGAACGUAGGCGGUCCCGGUCCGCUUCCAGAGAGAGAACGAAGGCCCCAGAAAGGUCCCAGUGCCGGGAGAAAGAUCGGAAAAGGAGCCGUUUGCAAUCCCCGCACAGAAAACGCUCCAAAUCCCCAAGACGACAUAGAUCCACAUCUCCUUCCCCCUCUCAAGGGAAAGAAAGAAGAGAUGAGGAACAGAAAGAAACAAAGAGCGAAGAACAACAGAUUACUGAAGAAGACUCAGAGGGCAAAACAGAGGAAGAAAUGGAAAUGAUGAAAGUAAUGGGAUUUACUGCCUUUGACUCCACUAAAGGAAAAAGGUUGGAUGGCAAUGUAAAUGCCUAUGUCAUAAAUGUGUCUCAGAAGAGGAAGUACAGAGAGAGCGAAAGGGAGAGGGGGAGAGGCAGUGAC